CAUCUUCCUUCCUCUUCUUCGCAAAAACCAGUAGGGUUUAUCACUGCGCAUCUAAACCCCCAACACCAUGGCUGGAUCGCGAUCCUCUACGACGCGCCUACUAUACACUCUACGUUCAUCCAUCUAUCCAUCAUCAAGAUCGCCAACACCACCAUCACCCAUCACUGCUCUCCUCCAUCUCCACCGUCACUACUCCGCUGCACCAGCCGUGAGGGCGAAGGAUGAUAAGGAACCAUGGUGGAAGGAGUCGAUGGAGAAAGUGAGAAACAUCGGAAUAUCGGCGCAUAUUGAUUCGGGAAAAACGACGCUUACGGAGAGGGUUUUGUUUUACACGGGGAGGAUUCAUGAGAUUCAUGAGGUCAGAGGGAAAGAUGGCGUUGGUGCAAAGAUGGACUCGAUGGAAUUGGAGCGAGAGAAAGGGAUUACUAUUCAGUCCGCAGCUACUUAUUGCACUUGGAAAGAUUAUCAGGUAAAUAUAAUCGAUACUCCAGGUCACGUGGACUUCACAAUUGAAGUUGAGAGAGCUCUGCGUGUUCUUGAUGGUGCAAUUCUUGUCCUCUGUAGUGUUGGUGGUGUUCAAAGUCAGUCAAUUACUGUUGAUAGACAAAUGAGAAGAUAUGAAGUUCCAAGAGUUGCUUUUAUCAACAAACUUGAUCGAAUGGGGGCAGAUCCAUGGAAGGUUCUCAAUCAGGCAAGGAAAAAGCUUCGACAUCACAGUGCUGCAGUGCAAAUGCCAAUAGGAUUGGAAGAGGACUUUCAGGGUCUUGUGGAUCUUGUGCAACUAAAGGCUUAUUUCUUUCAUGGCUCUAGCGGUGAAAAAGUUGUAACAGAAGAAAUUCCAGCUGAUAUGCAAGCAAUGGCUGCAGAAAAGAGACGUGAGUUAAUUGAAGCAGUCUCUGAUGUUGAUGAUCAGCUUGCUGAAGUAUUCCUCAAUGAUGAACCUAUAUCAGCUGCUGAUCUUGAGGCAGCCAUUCGUAGAGCAACUAUAGCCCGGAAAUUUAUACCAGUAUUUAUGGGUAGUGCAUUUAAGAAUAAGGGAGUACAACCGCUUCUUGAUGGCGUUCUUUGUUAUUUGCCUAAUCCACUUGAAGUUGACAAUUUUGCCCUUGACCAAUCUAACAAGGAAGAAAAGGUCAAGCUGUCUGGAACGCCAGCUGGACCAAUGGUUGCAUUGGCUUUUAAACUGGAAGAACGACAAUUCGGUCAACUGACAUAUUUAAGAAUCUAUGAAGGUAUUCUCAGGAAAGGCGAAUUCAUAACAAAUAUUAAUACAGGAAAGAAAAUUAAAGUAUCGAAACUAGGCCGGAUGCAUUCAGAUUCUAUGGAGGACAUUCAAGAAGCUCAUGCAGGUCAAAUUGUAGCAGUAUUUGGAUUAGAUUGUGCAUCAGGAGAUACUUUUACAGAUGGAUCAGUCAAAUACACCAUGACUUCCAUGAAUGUUCCGGAACCUGUUGUGUCAUUAGCUGUUUCACCUGUUUCAAAAGAUUCCGGAAAACAAUUCUCAAAAGCUUUGAAUCGUUUUCAAAGAGAGGACCCCACAUUCCGUGUUGGAUUGGACCCCGAGAGUGGUCAGACAAUUAUAUCGGGAAUGGGAGAGUUGCAUUUGGAAGUUUAUGUGGAGCGCAUUAAAAGGGAAUAUAAGGUUGAUGCAACUGUUGGAAAGCCUCGUGUGAACUUCAGAGAGACAAUUACACAACGUGCAGAAUUUGAUUAUUUACAUAAGAAGCAAAGUGGAGGCCAAGGUCAAUAUGGAAGGGUGGUUGGGUAUAUGGAGCCACUGCCAGCUGGAUCAGAGAGGAAAUUUGAAUUUGAAAACAUGAUAAUAGGACAAGCUAUACCCUCCAACUUCAUCCCACACAUUGAGAAGGGUUUCAGGGAAGCUGCCAAUUCGGGUUCUUUGAUUGGAUUCCCAGUUGAAAAUAUUCGUGUGGUUAUGACAGAUGGUGCUUCUCAUGCUGUGGAUUCCAGUGAACUUGCUUUCAGAUUAGCUUCAAUUUAUGCUUUUAGACAGUGUUAUGCAAAAUGCAAGCCAGUGAUACUGGAGCCUGUGAUGUUGGUAGAAUUGAAAGUGCCAACUGAAUUUCAGGGCACUGUUGCUGGUGACUUGAACAGGAGAAAAGGCAUAAUUGUUGGAAAUGACCAAGAUGGAGAUGAUUCUGUCAUCAAUGCCCUUGUCCCACUGAACAAUAUGUUUGGAUACUCAACAGCUCUUCGUUCCAUGACACAGGGAAAGGGUGAAUUCACCAUGGAAUACAAAGAACACUCACCAGUUUCUGCAGAUGUGCAAACACAAUUGAUCAACGCCCAUAAACCCAAGGCUGAAUAAUCUCAUGGGAAAUAUAUUUUAUUAUUAUUUUUUUAAAGAAAUUUCUAGGAUAUAUUUGUACUAAGAGCUUGUUAUUUGUUGAGACCCAAAGUUGGUCAGUAAUUUUGUAACAACCAAAUAAAUCCUCAUAGAAUAUACAAGUUUUUACUAAACUCUGUUACUUAGAUUGAUUGACCUAAAACUUAGGUCCACAACUUUCCCACAUUCAGAAUAAUAAUCAUUUAUAUUUAUUGUGAA